AUGACACAGACGAAUAUAGAUCGAGCAAAUUAUUGUGCUGCUCCUUUGACUAUCGAUCCAAAUGUGACAGCAAUCGCCCGAAAUUAUGCUCAGUAUAUGUGCAGUACACAAAACUUCUCACACAGUGGUAACACCUAUCAAGGAAAACCGUUAGGUGAAAAUCUGUAUUAUACAUGGUCAUCAGUUCCCAUAAAUAUUAAUACAAUAAAUGGCGCAGAUCCAGUCACUUUUUGGUAUAACGAAUAUGUCUAUUAUAACUUUUCAUCUCCUGGUUUCUCAUAUUCUGCUGGACACUUUACUCAACUGGUUUGGCAAGCUACAACUGUUUUUGGCAUUGCCAUUUGUUGUACACCGGAUAGCACAGCAUGUUAUGUUGUUGCCAAUUAUUAUCCUGCUGGCAAUUAUCUGAAUCAAUUCGCUCAAAAUGUUCUACAACCUCCAUGCUCUGGCUAA